AUGCGUGAAUCAUAUUCGAAGGAAAAUAAGGUUGGUGAGGGUACUUAUGCCGUUGUUUAUCUUGGAACAAGGCAAAGCGACUCGAAGAAGAUCGCUAUCAAAGAAAUCAAAACAUCUGAAUUCAAGGAUGGGUUAGAUAUGUCGGCUAUUAGAGAGGUGAAGUACCUGCAAGAACUGGAACAUCCAAACGUUAUCAGACUAAUGGAUAUAUUUAUGGCAUACAAUAAUUUGAAUCUUGUUUUAGAGUUUCUUCCCAGUGACUUAGAAGUGGUAAUCAAGGACAAGUCGGUACUGUUUACACAGGCAGACAUCAAGUCGUGGCUGUUGAUGACUUUGAGAGGGGUCCACCAUUGCCAUAGAAAUUUUGUAUUGCAUAGAGAUUUGAAGCCUAACAAUCUUCUGAUCUCGCCAGAAGGUAUUAUCAAAGUGGCAGAUUUCGGGUUGGCCCGAGCUGUGCCCAACCCCAGGGAGAUCUUGACUUCCAAUGUCGUAACAAGGUGGUAUAGGGCACCUGAGCUACUGUUUGGUGCUAAACACUACACCUACGCCGUUGAUGUAUGGUCCGUUGGAGUUAUAUUUGCCGAAAUGCUACUUAGAGUUCCGUACUUGCCAGGCAAGGAUGACGUAGAUCAAAUGGAGGUCACAUUCCGAGCAUUGGGAACGCCAACAGAAAAAGACUGGCCCAGCGUCUCGAUGUUCCCAUCAUACAAUAAAUUACAGAUUUACCCACCGCCUUCGAGGGAUGAGCUCAGGAACAGAUUCAUCGCCGUCUCAUCCAGCGCACUCAACCUAAUGUGUGGGAUGCUGGAAAUGAACCCAGGGAAUCGAUGGAGUACCGUGCAAUGCCUUGAGUCCGCGUAUUUCAAAGAGUUGCCGUCACCUUCAAACCCAGCAGAUAUCAACAUCUCUAGCAGUUGA